UCUCUAUCUCCCUCUCUCCCUCUGUCUGUCUGUCUGUCUGUCUGUCUGUCUGUCUAUCUGUUUCUCUCUAUCUCCCCUUCUGCCUCUCUCUCUCUCCCUCUGUUUCUCUCCCUCUCCCUCUCUCCCCCUGUCUCUGUCCGUAUGUUUCCCUGUAUAUUUCUCUCUCCCUCUCAUAUAAUCCACUAUAGGCUAUUGCUCUCUCUGUAUCUCUACACUCACUAUGCAUUAUUUUUCUCUAUCCUUUACCACUGGAGAUUUUAGUGUGGUGACCAGAUGGGUUUUCAACUCGUUAGUAGGAGACAGAUGUUUUUUUAAUACUAGUAUCAACAAUACUUUAUUCUAUAAUCUUACAUAAUACUUAUUCAAAUACUUUAAUACUACUAAAAUAAUAAUAAGUUAUCUGUCUUGUAUUUGCAGAACCAAACUGACUCCCAGUCCUCCGGCGCCCUCUAGUGGCCCCACGGGUUAGGUCAGGAAGAAAGUCGAUGCUGCUUGUUGUGGGUUCUAGUCGUUUCCAGUCAAUAAAAUAGUUUGACCAACUCAAUAAUUACGCCAUGGAUCUGAAUACAAUAAUUAGUUCCUGUAUUAAGUGUUUUUGUCGCUGUUCUCCCGGACUUCAGAGAGAUAAUGUCAGUGAAGCCUCGGACAGAUGGACGGGCGGACAGACAGGUGCGGACAGACAGGUGCGGGCAGACAGGUGGGGACUGAGCGGUCAAGAGGACGCGUGUGUUUGUUGUUUUGGGCUGAACAGUAAAGAAAAGGGCAAAAAGAGAAAAUAUAAUCGUCUACCGCUAACGAUGAUAUGAACAGGGACGGGGAAUGCAGAACAUCGCUGCAAGAAAGAGAGCAUGGACGAGGAAAAGCAUCACCAGCUCUUUGGGAAGUAGGACUCAAAGUCCGCUGAACCGGAGAGACCAUCGUUGCAGGGCGGCCACCGACCGGAACGUAGGACGGACCGGGACAUGCGCACGCAGCUGUCCCCAGACGUGCGAAGUAUCCGAGGCUGAAGAUGGUCCGGUCCAUACGGGAUCAGUCUCGGCACUAACCCACCACCAACCACCACAUACCACCAACACCGGCUCCCAACUUCACCGUCGCCGCCCGUCCAGAGGCAGCCGUCGGCGUGUCCGGGCAGACCCGUCGCUCUCCGUCCAGCCCCCAGGUCUCCCAUGGUUUUUCUGCGCCAUGUGUCUGUCGCUCUGUCGGCCGCGGCGGCUGCUCUGGGCUCCGCGCUCUUCCUGGCGCUCAACUUCUUCUACCAGAGGGAGCUGUGGAGCCCCCAGGCCGAGUACAGCAUGCUGACCGAGGAGUCGCGGGCGGAGGAUAAGAAGCAGCAGGUCCUGGUCCUGGGAUUGGACGGAGCCGGGAAGAGCAGCCUAUUGCACUGUCUCACCUUAGGGGGCGGGGCUCCAGGGGGCGUCGCCAGGCCGGGGCACCGCCGUCCAACCAGAGGCUUCAACUUCAUGAGCCUGCGAGGCUCCGCCCACCAGCUGGACUUCCUGGAAAUCGGGGGUGACCAGGAGCUGCGGUGCUAUUGGCUGGAGUACCUGAGGAAGACGGACAUCCUGGUGUACGUGGUGGACGCCUCCGACCGCCAGCGCCUCCCGCUGGCCAGACAGGAACUGCAGCUCCUGCUGAAGAUGGAGCGGCAUCUGCCAGUGGUGGUGCUGGCUAACAAACAGGACCAGGCCGAUGCGUUGGGUGUUACUGAGCUCCACGAGGGGCUCUCUCUGGGCUCCGUGACCCAGGACAGACGCCUCUUCCUCCUGGACCAGCUGGGGAGUGCCGGUGUCGGCCUGGAGGCCCUGCAAGACCUGCUGCUGAAGCUGCACUGAGGAGGAGGAGGAG